AUGGCGCAUACAGCUGACAGCCUGGCAAAUCCACCCGACAUCAUCGUCGGUGGUGACGGGGUCGAGAUCACCGACGUCGACGGCAACAGGGUUGUCGACGCCGUUGGCGGUCUCUGGAACGUCAAUCUCGGAUAUUCCUGCGAACCGGUGAAGCGGGCCAUUUCGGAUCAGCUCGACAAGCUGCCCUACUACUCGAUCUUUCGCGGCACGACCAACGAUGCGGUGAUAGAGCUGAGCACGAUGCUCCGGGAUUUCUUUGAACCGGACGGUCUGAGCCGCGCCUUCUUCACCUCGGGCGGUUCCGACAGUGUCGAGGUUGCCCUCCGCCUUGCCCGUCAGUAUCACAAGAUUCGUGGCGAAUCUGGCCGGAUCAAGUUUCUCAGCCUGAAGAAGGGCUACCACGGAACCCAUACCUUGGGCGCGUCUGUAAACGGCAAUGCUAAUUUCAGAACAGCCUAUGAACCGCUCAUGCCGGGCUGUUACCAUAUUCCCGCGCCUUACACCUACCGCAAUCCAUUCAACGAAACGGAUCCGCAGAAACUGGCUCAGCUCUGCCUGUCGGCCCUGGAAGACGAAAUCAGGUUCCAGGAUCCGAGCACCAUUGCCGCUUUCAUCAUGGAGCCCGUACUGGGCGCCGGGGGUGUCAUUCCGCCACAUGAAAGCUUCAUGCCGGGUGUCCGGGAGAUCUGCUCCAAACACGGCAUUCUGCUUGUUUCCGACGAAGUCAUAACCGCCUUCGGCCGCACGGGCAGCUGGACAGGUGCCCGGCACUGGGGCGUUCAACCUGAUCUUUUGUGUUGUGCCAAGGCGAUCACCAACGGCUAUUUUCCGUUCGGGGCCGUCAUGGUCGCGGAAGGCGUUGCAGAAGUGUUCGAGAAGGAUGAAACCGGCAAGGGAUCGAUCGGUUCCGGCUAUACCUAUUCAGGCCACCCGGUCGGCGCAGCGGCAGCCAUCGCCUGUCUUCACGAAACCGAACGGCUGAACGUGAAGGACAAUGCCGCGGCAAGGGGCAAGCAACUGCACGAAGGCCUUCGCAAGCUUUUCAUGAAACAUGAACUGAUCGGAGACGUUCGCGGCGGCCACGGCCUGAUGUGCGCACUGGAACUUGUUGCCGACCGCGCAACAAAAGCGCCGAUCGACAAGGCAACCAUCGGCAAGGUGCACCGGACAGCCUACGACAACGGCACGAUGGUACGGGUCUCCGGCAACAACAUCAUCCUGUCGCCACCACUGGUGCUGACCGAGGGACAUGUGGACACCAUCCUGAACGCCCUUGAUGCAGGCCUGGCGGCGGCAGGCUGA